AUGUUAAUACGAGCAGUGUUAACACUGCUACUGGCAUCUCUAGCCACAGCACACAUCAAACUUGUCUAUCCACCGGCACGAGCACCGGCUCUCGAUUUCUACAGCUCAUCAAAUAGUCAACCGCCAUGUGGAGUCAAGAAACCAGCGCCUGGAGAGGGUAUCCGAACCUUCAUGAAAGCUGGAUCCACGAUUGAAAUGAGCUGGUUUGUCGCCGUGCCGCAUAUGGGAGGAAUCCGAUUGGAAGUCUUGAAUUCGUCUGACGAGCCAAUCGCCAUUUUCACCAACUUCAACGACGCCUUCAAUGUCACAGAAACGACGAAAAAGGUGGAACUCCCGCCAAACUUCGAGUGCAAAGACUGUGCGAUUCGAAUGACGACUCAAGCAACCGAAUACGGAAACUCCUAUUUCUUCUUCUCCUGUGCCGAUAUCAAUAUCGUAAAUGAGAUUCCAGAUGGUGAUACUUGUGUUGGAAAUGGAAAUAGAAUGAAUGGAAAAUGUCAAUGUUUUGAUGGUUUCUUUGGAAACGAGUGUCAAUUCCAAGAUGAAUGCAAAGAAGACGAUGAUUGUGGAGUCCAGGGAUACUGUAGAUUGGGUGGAGAUGCGCCGAGAAGACAGUGCUUCUGCCCGACGAGUCGAUAUGGAAAGAAUUGUGAACUUGAAUCCGACAGCAUCCGUUCAGUCGCCGAUUUCGACGAAACUCUCUAUCAGAAACGCGAGGAUCAAGGCAACAAAAUCUACUGGCGUGUUCUCAAAGACGAAAUCGAAUUCGUCCUUCGUUAUCCCGGACAAUCAUGGAUUGCACUCGGAUGGAAGAGUCCAGAUGCCACGUGUGAAUUAACUGCCGCCGACUUUGCCAAUCGACAUGUUUCCCCAUCCACUGAAUCUUCAGCCACCUCCACGAUCUCCUCAAUCAUCACAAAUGUCACAUCUCGCGAGCAAAACGACGCAGGCGAGCAAGAAUGCGGACCAAAUGAGCAAUGGUCAGAGUGUCCGGAGAGUUCUCGAGAAUGCGAGCACUCUUGUGAUUGGACCCAUUUCCCAGAGACCACUCCAAACUGUCCAAACUCUUGUGGUACCCCUAGAUGCAUCUGUAAAGAGGGUUUCGUCCGAAUGGCCAACGAUCAAGAAGUCUGUGUUCCUUUUGAUUUCUGUGAUAAGACUGUUGAGAAUGAGGAGAGUUGUGCUGCCAAUUCAACUUGGGCAAAAUGUGGAACCGCUUGUGAGCCAACCUGUGCCAAUAUGUAUGACACUGCACCAUGCCCAGCAAGUUGUGAGAAACCUGGAUGCACAUGCGCUGACAACUAUGUCCGACACAAUGGUCAAUGCAUCUAUUGGGGAGACUGUCCAGAGCUUCGCGAUGAGAAGACCACCACGCGAAAGGUUGAAGAAUCCACACAGAGUACCAUUGAUAGAAAUGAGGUGACCGUGGAGACUACAAAAACUGCAAAGACUACGCAGAAGGUGUUGGUGGCUGAGUGCAGUUUGAAUGAGACGCUUAACGAGUGUGGAAGAGUUUGUGAGGCUGAUUGUGUUUCGAUUUUCACCAGAUCCGAGUGUACCGAUUGUGGGUCAGCGGCGUGUGCUUGUCUUCAAGGAUAUGCGAGAAACCCACAAGGACAAUGUGUCUAUUGGGGAGAUUGCCCAACUGAUGCCCAAACAACAACCUCCCGAACUGCGAUCCCAACAACUCCAGUGCCAACUCAAACCGCACCACCAAGUGUUAACGGUGACGUUUGCUACGGCGACUUCCGUUAUCCAGCCGGAUGCUCGGAUUGCGAAUAUAAGCUUUCAUGGAACUAUCAAGAGGACUCAGAUGAAAUCGAGUUCUCUCUAGAAACCCGUGUCACAGAUAACUCUUGGACUGGUGUUGGAUUCAGUAAGGAUGGUACAAUGCUCGACGCCGAUAUGAUCAUUGUGUCAAGCAGAGGAGGAAAGAUUCAGUUGAAUGAUAUGCAGAGCAGAGGAUAUGAUCAGCCAGCAAUGGAUUUGGUGCAGAAUGUCAAGUCGAGCAGUGCAGCACACGCGAAUGGAGUUCUCAGAGCUCAAUUCACCAGAAAAGUGAAUACUGGAGAUUCGACUGAUAAGCAAUUCAACGAUGGACAGUGUUGGAGAAUGCUCUAUCCAAUUGCAGGAGGAAAGUUGGAUCAGUAUGGAAAUGUAUCAAUUCAUCUGAGCACUCCAUUGGCGUCAGACAAGCCAGUCUGUAUUAGAAGCUGUUCUGGAGGAGAGAAGAAGAAGUCAACUACGUCAUCGGCCCCAAGCACCUGUACCAAUGAAUACCGCUUCCCAGAGUCUUGCACUGGCACUGACUGUGACUACAUUGCAAAAUGGAAUGCGACAUCGGACGAAGUAACUUUCGAAAUCACCGCGAAGACUCCUGGAAGAUGGACCGGUAUCGGAUUCUCUAGAGAUGGACAGAUGACAAAUGCUGAUAUGUACACUGGAUGGUUCUUCGAUGGAAAGGCGUACAUCGUUGAUCGAUUCGCGUAUGGCAGACAACUCCCAGCUAUCGAUCCAGCCGAUCGUCAAGAUAUUUACAACCUCGGAGGACGAGUCGAAGACGACAUGCAAACUAUUUGGUUCACCCGAAAACUUAUUUCAAAGGAUACCAAGACAGAUGUAGCUCUCGAUGAAUGCCACUACUUUCUGUUCCCAGUUGGUGGUGGACGAGUGUUGGCUAGAAAGAGUUCGGACUUCACAAAUCCAAAGACUCCAAUCGGAUACCAUGAUCAAGUCCAACCUCAAGUCUCUUCUGCCAAGAUCUGCCUAUGCGACAAGUCCGGCAAAGCAGUGGCUCAUGAAACCAAGGCUCCAAUCUCGAGACGAGUUCGUAGAGCAGCCACCCGAGUCGCCACUAGCGCUAUGCAUUGUGCCGAUAUGGUAGUUGGAAUGGUUGCCAAUGGACGUGCUCGUAUUAUGGAUAUGUAUUCUCCAUCCAAGGCCACACCAAUGGAGGACACAUUCUUUGGAGGAGAGAACUCGCUAACGUCAGCUGCUGCUUUCCAGGAGGAUGGAGUCACUACUUUGAUCUUUAGAAAGAAAUUGGAGGCUGAGGAGAAAUGGGACAACUCGUUUGUCAAUGCUCCAAUGACAGUGAUCUGGGCCAAGGGAGCUGAUCCGAUGAAUUACGUGCAUACCACAGGUGGUGCUCCGAUUCAGGCGUCGCCAGAGUUCUUCGCAAAUGCUAUGAAGUAUCACGGAAAGAAUGCAAGAGGUGUUAUGUCGAUCAACUUCUUUGAGACCACUUCUGAGACUUCUGAACCCUCCGAAUCGGAAUCAGAAGCCAAGGUUUCCCCAACAGUCCACGGAAUGCACUUGGAAUCAACUUGUGAGGGAUCCAUCCGCCACCCCGAAGGAUGCCAAUCCGACGAUUGUCUCUACACUAUCUCCUGGAUCUCUGACGGCUCUGUCGCCAGAUUCUCGAUCCACGGAGCUCUCCAAACUAGCCAAUGGACAGCUCUCGGAUUCUCCACCGAUGGAAAUAUGGCUGCAGCCGAUGCGGUAGUGAUUGGAAUCCAGAACAACGCAGUGAUGGUAACCGACCAGUUCAUGCCAAACUACGGUAGACCAGUUGUCGAUGAGCAACAAGACAUUUUCGAUGUGGAGACCACCUAUGUCAAUGGAUUCUUAACUGCCAACUUCUCUCGUGAACUUCACAGUGACGAUGAAUUCGAUGUCGAUCUUCAGGAAUGCGUCUUCUUGUUGUAUUCUCCAUUCGGCGGAGUUAUCGAGAAGAAUGGAGAGAUUCGGAAACAUCAGGAGACACCACUGAGAUCCAAGUCGAAGAUUUGUUUGAAUAAGUGUACGGAGCAGAAGGUUGCUGUCAAGGAUACUACCACUACUUCAACAGAAAUGCCAACUACCACCGAACAGACUACCACUACUGCUAUCAAAAAGGUCGCCACCUCUGGAUCUGGAUCAACUCGCCCAACUACCAAAGUCCUCAUGCCACCAAUGUCCACCAAGCCAUCCUACACUGUCUACGAGCCAGAAGUAUCGCCAAAACGUCGCUACGGACUUCGUGUCAGAAUUCUUAACAGAGAAUUCACCGAUGCUCUCAACGAUCCGAAGACUGGAUUCUAUCAAGAAUUCACUAAGGAAGUCACAAUGUCCAUUGACGAAUUGCUGGCUAAGCGAUGGAAGGGAAUGCGAGUUUCAAAGAUUUUAGGAUACGAGAAGGGAUCUGUUAUUGCCGAGUUUGAAGUUGUGGCCUCUGAAGACACCGCCAAGACAAUGGAAAUAAAAUCCAUGGUUGAAGAAAACGCAGUUCGCGGACCGAUUGGAGCAUUCCAAAUCGAGCCAUCCACUGUUAGAGUCACCGAGGUCGACACAACAACUGCACCAUCCGAAGAGGACAUUUUCCAGAAUACCGCAAUGUGGCGAAAUAUUGGUAUCAUUGCUUUGUGCACUGUUGUUUCUAUCAUCGCUGUGACAUGCAUUUGCUUUUUGUGUUGUAAGGGAUGCAAGAAGAGAAGCUAUACCCACUAUCCAGUCGCUGAUCAUCAUAUGUCAUAUGCCGCGAGAAUGUUGGGUGAAAAGCAAGGAUUCGAAAACGCCUCCUACCACCAUCCGCAACGAUACUACUCUCAAACCACUGUAGCAUCUACAAAGGUCACCAACGCUUCCGGAGCUCCAGGGGCCGGAGCAGUUGACCCGAACGGAAAUAUGGAAGGACCACCGGGAGGAGUCGGUGAGACCACCUAUGCCGAGUGGUAUUCGAAGGUCGGCUCCAAGCCCGCUUCCCAACAACACGAAGAGGUCCCACCACAAGCUCCAGUUCAAUCACGUCCUCCAUCAACGACUCCAUACGUUUCGUAUCCAAACGAUCCGACCGGAUACUACACACUCGGCGGACGUCAUCGACAAAACUCGAGCUCCGGCGGCUCGAAUAAUAAAUAUGCCGCCACCAAGUACUAG